AUGUCUCGCAUUCAGAUCCCGCUCGACGUUAUUACGUCUCGCCUCAACUUUGGCGACCGCUUCCAGAGCCUCCGAUCCGGACCUCUCAGCGGCCGCUUCUCUAACCUGCGACCUGUGAACGAGUUCCUCGACUUCAAGCGUCUCUCCAAGCCCAACAACUUUGUUGAGAUGCAGUCGCGAGUCAACUACAACCUGAGCCACUACUCCAGCAACUAUGCCGUUGUCUUUGUUAUGCUCAGCAUUUAUGCCCUCCUCACCAACUGGUUGUUGCUCUUCGACAUCAUCCUUGUGGUUGUGGGCAUGUGGUUCAUUGGAAAGCUCGAUGGACACGAUCUUGAAAUUGGCACCUUCCGUGCCUCGUGUUCGCAGCUUUACACUGCACUUGUUUGUGUCGCCGUGCCUCUGGGUCUGAUUGCUUCGCCUUUCUCGACCCUGCUCUGGCUCAUCGGCGCAUCUGGCGUGACUAUCCUUGGCGGUCUAAGUGGUCGGCCGCAAUCUCCCGAAUUCGCGCCCCAAUGGGGAAGACCAUCGAGGCGCAGACAGAGGAGAACAGAAGGGGAUGCUGCGUCUCGCGGACGUCAUGGGAGAGACGUCCGUGUGGAGGAAUUGGAUUCAGGUGAUGAUGCACGAGGUGUCGGUGCUUCGUCAGGGUCCCGAUUUGCGAGUGACCCUCUUCGUUUCACAGGAACAGAUGUGGGCAACUCGGAAAGGGGUUUGGUACGCAGGGGUCAUUACGAGGACUCGGAGGAUUCAGAAGAUGAUAGCGACAGCAGCGAGGAUGAGGAGUUCGAGCAAUACCUUGCAGAACUGGCUUCUCAUGACCCGGAGGAGGCGCUGGUACAGUCGGCGAUGCACCGUAUUGAACGUGCAAAGGCCAGGGGAAGAACAGAUGUCGAUCUCAACGAUGAAGAAAUUGCAGCUUUGGAGCGACGACGCAAGCGAGACGAGGCCGCGAAAAAGAAGAAGAGCAGCAAGAGGCGCAAGGACUCGUCAAGAGUCGCUAUACCUCUGACCCAGCUCGAGUCUUCUUCGUCGCGCAAAAAGGAUUCAUUCACGAGCCAGUCAAGACAGCCAUCUCGGUCGAACAGCAACCUUACUGAGGGUCAGGACCGUCCCUCGCGCCCUUCCCUGGGCAGCCUCCCACCAACAUCAUCAACAGGUCGACCACGUUCAGGCACUACUACCUCAUCUCAAAGCCGAGUGAGGGCGCCAUCCACUAGUCGACAGCCUUCCGAUAGUUCAGCUGUUGUUCGCCGAGGCAGGAACUCAAGCCAAGCACCCGCGGACCCUUUCCAGUUCCAGGUUCCAGGUGCCCCGCGUGGCUCUGGAUCCCGAAAGAGCUCUCGCCCAGUCCAUGAUGAUGGCUCAAGUGAGAGCGACGAUAGCGAUGCGGAGUAUGUUGGAAGGGAAGAUUCGAUCGAGACAACUUCCAGUGAUGGCAGUGGUGCUCAGAUCGUUGUCGAGGAGUCAUCUCCUGAGCCUGCCAAGCCCGAGACUAGCAGGAGAAACCCUACCCGAUCUUCUACUUCGUCCUCUACAUCCAAGCGAAAGCCGACAACAACAACAUCAUCCAGUGCACGCCGGAAGAAAUAA